CUCUUCUGUGCGAGUGAGUUCGUGUAACUGCACAAGGACAGAGACCUCAAGCCAGCACUGGCUCACAGGCUGUGGGGCAAGCACAACAAAAUACACGCAUUCACUCACACGCUCACUUACACACAAACUCCAAAGGGAAACCGCAGUGUAAACACACAGAGACAAAAAAAAAUUGUCAAGAGUCUUGACAGCACGACGAAACUUCAAAGCGUGGGAGUCGAGAGGAGAGCGAGAAGAGAGAAGAGGAGAGAAAAAAGAAGAGCGAGUGAAGGAGAAGGACCAUGGCAGGAGCUCAGAUCCCAAGCCGGUUUGUGCUGAUCGUCUGUCUGCUGCUGCUCGUCACCAGCACAGAGAGCAAACGCAGACUCAGGAGGAGAGGACUCAGCCAGAAGGACUAUGAGUACCCAAACAACUCCCAGUCCACUCAACACCAGAAGAAUGAUCGGUGCCCACCUCCGCCUCAGAUGCUUCCCGAGCGGGCGUGUGAGGUGCCCGGCUGCCGCUCAGACUCAGAGUGUGAGAGACACAAACGCUGUUGUUACAAUGGCUGCAUCUACACCUGUCUGGAGUCAGUUCAGCCUCCACCUGUGCUGGACUGGUUGGUGCAGCCAAAGCCACGGUGGCUUGGUGGAAAUGGCUGGCUCUUAGAUGGACCAGAAGAGGUUCUCCAGGCCGAGGCAUGCAGCACUACAGAGGACGGGGACGAGCCCUUACACUGUCCUACUGGAUAUGAAUGCCAUAUCAUCAACCCUGGAAACCCCUCUGUGGGCAUCCCCAACCGAGGUCAAUGUAUCAAACAACGGGGAAACUCAGAUGGUCGUAGCCUGAGGCACAAAUACUUCAAAGAUCACAAGGAUUAUUUAGGAAGCAACUCCAAUAUUGCAGUGGGUUAUGAGAAGCAUCACAAGCACUUAGGCUGAAAAGCAGGUGACCUUCAUAGCCCUAUAGAAUCUACGCAACAAAAUGAAACCAGUCAACACUUCUGCAGAAACUGGAUGUCCUUACUUUACAGUUCAACAAAGCUGUUAUUUGGUGCUUUAUGUUUGAGGUGCUAUAACAUGGAAAAGUCAACAUUUCCUACCUCUUCCAAACACCAUACAGUGUGUUAGAUUGCCAGCUCGAUUCACCAAUGUGAACAACUUUUUCAUAUAUAAACACUGCUGGGUUAAAAAUUGUAUUUAAAAUGUUUAAUGUACACGAAACCUGGGAAUGUAUACGGAAGAUACAUGUACCCUUACACACUUUACCAGGCUCCAGCAAAACCAAAGAACACGUUUGCACACCGACAACUCAGGCAUAAUUUUAACAUAAACCAUGACAUUUAGAUUCCUCCAUUUGUAAGUACUGCGAAUUAUAC